CGAAUUUUCGAAAGUUUUAUAUAAUUUCAACUUCAGGUUAACUUUUUAUUUCAUAUUUUUAUUAUUUUCCUAUAUUUACCAAUCUAUAACAGAUCAUGUGAUGAAACAAUCGAUGCCUGUCAAAUGUCAAACGUCAACGUCUCAUUCUGAUGAGUUGCAUUUGCCAAAAAAGCGUAACCUUCACUCGACCUUCGACAUAUGCUAAAAGUGAAACUCUACUUUGAAACGAGGAAAAUAUGAAGACACUUUUUCAACCUUUCCUGUCGACCCUUUUUCACGGGCGCUAUUCUUAGGAUUGCCAACAUAUUAUCUUUCCGACAAAUAUUUUGACGUUAAUUUAACAGCCUUCAAGGGUUUCGUCACAUGACCCUUUUUGUAGAUCAGUAUAGGUUAAUUUGAAUCAAAUGCGUGAAAAAAAAAACAAAGUGGUGUUUCAAAGUGACCUACUAUUCUGAAAAUAAGUUCAGAGGUAAGUAGAUUCACAUCUUGAAGCGACAAUAACUUCAGUUAUGUGGUGGUAAUUAGAAAAGAACACAAUUCCGAAGUUUACUGCGCUGAAUAUAUUCCGGUGAAUAAAGAGUCAACUUACUGAACUUAAACACACAACCGACAUGAAGCAAUACACGCUACUCCUUUUUUAUUUGUUAUUUUCGUUGGGUGCGUUGACCCUCAACUGUGACAGGGUGAAAAGGAGGGUGGUUUUCAAUAAGAAUAGUAAAUUUUUCAUUCGCCUAAAUGGAAAAACGAGUGUUCUAAACUCCACAGGUAUUUUCGCCCACGGAUGGGCCAUAAGGAUAAAUUACGAACUCCCAGAUAGUAUACCAAAGAUGAAUAAGAUUUUUAGGAGAAGUGCACCAGAAGCUGAGAAUGAAUUUUCUUCAUUAGCCACUUCUUGUGUAUCCAAGCAUAUUUGUCAACUAUUCGAACAUUCCCAGGCUGAUUCGUCUUGUGGGUUUUUCUGUGAGAUAAGAAAUAUAAUCCAUAGUUCAAAAGGACCAAAAGCUGAUUAUCUGAAGUCUUUUCUAGGCGAUUGUCUCUCGUACAGUCAACAAUGUCUGAAAUUUUCGUAAUAAUCUUUGCAGAGCGGAGGUGAUUAAAUGCCAUAUUAUGG